AUGAUGAAAAGGAAGUUUAAGGUUCUCGGGCAUGCUUCCACCUGGGAAAUGGUUGAAGUGCUGCUUGCAAGUGAACACUAUACCAACAGCUCAUAUCACAGCGCUUUAGAUGAUUUCCGCAAUCUAUUUGACGAAUUUGCCGAGCAAAGUGGAGGUCAUUACAAUAAAAGGAAUCUUCGCGAGCUCGAAACUUAUAUCAGUGGACUACCUGUAGCUAGAUAUGGACUUCGCAAUACCGAUUGCGAGCAGUUUCGUCAAUUCUUGAGCGGUAUCAAGGCACAACGCUAUCAUCUCCAGUAUGCGUCAGUAAAAUGUGGAGCAAUGACUUUCUCAUACUGUAUGGCCUUUGCUUGUGAUCCUUUCGAAUACGGAAGAAGAAAUACAACUCCCGCAGCAAUUGGAUUUGGCCGAGCUUCUUCGAUCGUCGACACAACAACAAUGGAAUUGAUGGGAUAA